AUGGAGUUGUCUCAAUCUUUCAAAAAUGAAAAAAGUACUUGUAUGAAGUAUAUAAUUAGUUCUUAAAUUUGUUAGUUAAAUAAUUUUCAAGCAUUUUAACAAACUAUUAAGCAGCAAAGUUGCAGCUUAUAACCAUUCGAAAGUUUCUUUAAUUGCUAGAUGUCAAGAUGCAAAACCAUUUAACUCUCGCAUAAUUAUUUUAUAAAUAUUUAAUCACUGAUUAUUUUUUUUCCUUAUCAGAGUUCACUAAAAAAAAUACUUGA